AGGUGACGGCUCUAGCUACCCGCCCCCUGUCCGUGGCUGACAUCCGAACCACAGGAGCGAAACAAGCUGCUCUUUUCCAGAGAACUAGAGGAACUUUGACGCGGGUUUUUGCACUUUUGCAUUACUUCUUUAAUUUUAAGCCACUGAGUGUAACUAGAGAGCAGGAAGGCGACGUGACGUUCGUUUAAACUCCAUCAAGAGCCGGCUCUUUCUGUUAUCUUUUACUAUCAUUUGCUCCUUUUCCUCCUCCAUCCAGCAUCCGUGUCACUCCGAUGCAAUGACAGACUCGGCUGUGGACAGCAAGGCGGAGGUUAAACAAGCCACCAAAUACGUCAAAGAGACGGAGAACGUGGCGGAGAAAUAUUCCGCGUUGACUGUCAGCAAGAACAGCAGCGAUGUGAACAUGAACGUCGGGGAGAUGCCCUCCGCAGCAUUCACCGCAGUCCCGACUCUGAAAUCCGUGAAAAAGAUUCAGUUUGCAAACGCAGAAGACAAACAGGAAUUCAGCAAAUUCCCGACCAGCGGCCGUCGCUCGCUGUCACGCUCCAUCUCUCAGUCCUCCACGGACAGCUACAGCUCAGCUGCAUCGUACACCGACAGCUCCGAUGAUGAAACCUCCCCCCGGGACAAAGCCCAGGUCAACUCCCACGGCAGCACCGACUUCUGCGUGAAGAACAUCAAACAGGCAGAGUUUGGCCGUCGAGAAAUUGAAAUAGCAGAGCAAGACAUGUCUGCUCUGAUUUCCUUGAGGAAGCGAGCUCAGGGGGAGAAACCACUGGCUGGGGCCAAGAUUGUGGGCUGCACUCACAUUACUGCUCAGACAGCUGUGCUGAUAGAAACCCUGGUGGCUCUCGGAGCUCAGUGUCGCUGGACGGCCUGUAACAUCUACUCCACUCAGAACGAAGUGGCAGCUUCUCUUGCUGAGAUAGGCGUUGCUGUGUUUGCAUGGAAGGGUGAAUCAGAGGAUGAUUUCUGGUGGUGCAUCGAUCGCUGUGUCAACACCGAGGGCUGGCAGGCCAACAUGAUUUUGGACGAUGGUGGAGAUUUAACCCACUGGGUGUACAAAAAGUAUCCCAGCGUCUUCAAAAAAGUCCGGGGCAUUGUGGAGGAGAGCGUCACUGGUGUUCACAGAUUGUACCAGCUGUCUAAGGCCGGUAAGCUGUGUGUCCCUGCCAUGAAUGUGAACGACUCAGUCACCAAGCAGAAGUUUGACAACCUGUACUGCUGCCGUGAAUCUAUCCUGGACGGCUUGAAGAGGACCACUGAUAUAAUGUUUGGAGGGAAACAAGUGGUUGUGUGUGGUUAUGGAGAGGUGGGAAAAGGCUGCUGCACUGCUCUUAAAGCACUCGGAGCCAUUGUGUGCAUCACAGAAAUUGACCCCAUCUGUGCCCUGCAGGCUUGUAUGGAUGGAUUCCGAGUGGUGAAGCUGAGCGAGGUCAUUCGGCAGAUGGAUGUGGUGAUAACUUGCACCGGCAACAAAAAUGUCGUUUCCAGAGAACAGCUUGACCGAAUGAAGAACGGCUGCAUCGUUUGCAAUAUGGGACAUUCCAACACUGAGAUAGAUGUGGCAAGUCUCCGCAGCCCUGAACUGACCUGGGAGAGGGUUCGCUCUCAGGUUGACCACAUCAUCUGGCCAGAUGGAAAGAGGGUGAUCCUGCUGGCAGAGGGUCGCCUCUUAAACCUGAGCUGUUCUACGGUGCCUACUUUUGUUUUGUCCAUCACUGCUACAACUCAGGCCCUGGCUUUGAUCGAGCUGUACAACGCUCCAGAAGGAAGAUACAAACAAGAUGUUUAUCUUCUGCCCAAGAAAAUGGACGAGUAUGUGGCAAGUCUGCACCUUCCCAACUUUGACGCCCACCUGACGGAGCUUUCUGACGAGCAGGCCAAGUACAUGGGGCUCAACAAGAAUGGACCUUUCAAACCUAAUUAUUACAGGUAUUAGAGAGGACGUCUGGAACUCGGUGAAGGGUUCAAAGUUGGCACGGGACGAACAGAGAUGUCUAUUUUACUUUCAAAAAUGCUACAAAACGGAGAAGUUAUUUUACUUAAGCCGAAUGUAACUUAUUAAUAGCACCUCAAAAAGUAGUUCAACAUUUCAGAGUAAUGCAUAUAGAAAGGAUUUAAUAUAUAACUAAUUAACAUUUUGUCUUGUCUUUGAAGAGCGGCCUGCUUGCAUGUGUUGAUGCGGAUUAGUUUUGUUCCUUGAUCGCAAAGCUGCCGAUUCAUUCGUUUACUCUACUUACGCACAGUGCCAAAUUAUGGCCGUAUUUAUAUAUAGUGGCAUUGAGAUUUGACAGGCACAUUCCUUGAGCUGGAGUUUAGGCUGAGCCACAACAAACUUGAGUUAUAUGAAUAUUUUAUAUGCAUGAAAUUAUCUCAUUGAAUGAAUGGUGUGUGUGCUUACAGCCUCUAGUUAUUUAAACAAAGUGACUGGAUUUUAAUAUGAUUUAAUAUCUUACCUGUGGAGCUGCAGAUCACUACUGAAAGGAUCAUAAAACUCUGUGGUAACAAGAGAUUUAGAUGGAUUAAUGUGUGUUUUGUUUAAAGAUAGCUGGCCUUCCAUAUUCCCCCCAAAAGGAAUGUGGGAAACCUCCAAGGACAAGAGCCACAGGAGCUUUUUCCAACUACAAAAAUGUCUUAUUUAAUCCAAGUUUCCAUUUGCUCACUCACAUUCCACCUGAGAUCUUUGUCACUAAGCCUUCUGAAUGGACGAUGCCUUUUAAGGUUUUGGUAUGGAUGUGCCUUUUUAAUCUGUAACAGCCCUGUCUUUGAAGAAGUUGGGACUCUGGACAAACAUUUGAGUAUAUACAUAUUUUAAAACCGAAAUUUGAAUUUUAUGUCGGUUACAUUUAUUUUCUAAAAUUCAAACAGGUUUAAGAAAAUGAAACAGGAAGAAAGUCGGGGCAGUUAAAUGUAGUUUUGUUUAACAGGAAUCACAGAAACUUUAACUUGGCCAAAAGCGUAAAGAAAGAUUGAAUAGAAGGUGUUUUAAAGCUUCACCUGAUCAGAAAAUUUCAGAUUCAUGUAAUAAUUGUCUAAAUUAUAAUUUUUUUUUCCCAAUUUGCAAUCCUCACAGCCUCCCAACUUGUUUAGAAACAGAUUUGUUUAACUUUCAUCAUCACUGACCUUAAUUUAAGUUUUUGUAAAACCACUUUCAUGUGCUUUUGAUGUCUUCCUUCUCUGCUUGUAGAAACUGUUAACUUCAUGUAUGUUUGCUGAAACAUAUUAGACUUGGACAUAUCAUUGCUACUGUCCUCCUUUGAUUUAACAGGGUGAUCUUUAACAUUUCAUGUAAUUAAAAUGACAUAAGUGUAUGCUACUGUAUGAACACUCUAAAAAAAUGAAUGCAUUAAAUCAGCAAUAAAACAAAUGUUUUUGAAAGAUA